AUAUAUCUCUUACAACUGCUGUUUUACACGGUUAAAAAUAAAGAAUGACCAUUUGCAGGAGAGCAAAAUGGUUCCCAGUUCAUUAUUCAAAUAGACAUGAGUUUACUUUGAGCAGAGCAGUCGCAGCCUUAUAGUAAACCGUCCACACAAGGUUACGAUAUUCUAAAGAAACAUUGCGUAACUAAUCGCUCAUCCAUUCGGUAAAUUACACAAGAAACGAUAGGGACAAAGAUGUUAUUGUUGAUGCUUUUAUCGAUCGUUUUAUGUACAGGAAACAUAAAUUGUCAGCUAGGAAGAUUCCACGUAGACACACACGGAAGCACCCUGAAUAACAACCAAUCAAUUUACGUUCUUGAAGAGUUCAACAGCUCUACAACACCUCUACCGGUUUUAAAUGAUAACACUAGCCAGGUACUUCACAAGAGAAAAAUAUUUUGGGAAAUUUUACAGUUCUCGACGAGUAUAAUUAUUUUUAUUUGUGGCGUGUUGGGGAACGUGUUAAUUGCGUUGACUAUCGUGCAGCAUAAAUCGAUGCAAAAUUUGCAGAAUUACUUCGUUUUUAGUUUGGCUAUCACUGAUUUGGUAACAUUGUUAUUCAUAGUACCACUAAACUUGAUGCAUAACUAUGUAGCGUGGCCGUUCGGAGAGUUUGCGUGCAAAUAUUUACUUCCCAUUGGAGAUGUUGUCCCAGCUGUAUCGAUCUUUAUGUUAGUAUCGAUAUCCUUCGAUCGAUAUCGUGCUAUUGUGUAUGCCUUAUCUCGACCGCCUUCACUUCGGAUAGGAAUAUUUCUAAUCGUAGUGAUCUGGAUUUUGUCCUAUCUCGGAGUUGGCUUUCCCCUUACCUUCACCUUCACUGUGGGGCCUGGGUUUUGGGUUGAAAAAAUGUGCUACACAAGUUGGAACGACCUGUUUUUUCAAAAAACCUACAUCACGCUGCGCACGAUACUGAUAUAUAUCGUGCCAUCAAUUGUUAUUUUUGUGUGUUACAUCCGCGUCAACGACGUGUUGAAAAAAAAUCUAUUGUUUUUAGAACGUUCGAUCAGCGGUGCAGGACAAUUGCAGCGACUCCAACGACAAAAACAUGUUAUGAAAAUGUUUUUUUUGAUAUUUCUAACGUUCCUUCUUUGUUAUCUACCAGUAAACUUAAUUAAUUUGUUUUACAUAUACUGGAGGGAAUUUGCAACAUGGUCACUCCUUAAAGAAUCAACCACAAUAGCAACCAUCAUUGGCUUGGCAAACAGUGCAUGCAAUCCAAUCAUAUUGUAUUACCUAAGUCGUGCGUAUCGAAAAAGAUUCGAGCAGUAUCUACCAUUUUUAAAAUGGUGCUGCAAAGGAAAAAAGUCAUUCCAUGUGACGGAGAACACGCUCGAAGACGAUGGCAAUGUUUACGACGAGGAACAGCGAAAAAUAUUUGGAUUAUUUACCGGUCGCCGAAACACAAAAGAAUCCCAUGUUUCUCUUCACAUGAUAAGUGCGACAACAAGUCCUCACAGUGAUAACGUGGGUGUUAAAGAACCAAGAAUGGACGAGGCGAUUACUCGAGAUGAUGAAGAUAACGUCGAGAAGACGCUCUUCGUUAAUAAUGGAUAUGAUCGUAGCACAUCGUUUAACGAAAAUGUGUCCUGAAUUAAAAACAAAGAAACAGAAACAUUAAAAAAUUAAGAUGUCAUAAAAGACUUUUAUUUAUAAUUAUCAAAUAUCAAAUGUAUUGAUACAGAUUCCCUUUAACAGAAAAAAAAUUAUUAACAUAGUCUA